GACUAUUUCCAGCUUUUGACCAAGCGUCAAAUCCGUCCUGUGUCGCUUGCUGGUCGCCAUUUUAAACGUGGCCUUAACACUUAACGCGCCGCGGACAUAUUUAGGUGUCCGCCCAAAGGUAACGUGUAACGCCACUGUGUGUCUGCUUCAGUUCACCGAGAACUUACUUUCACAUCGCGGCGAAAACCGGUGCAACACGCGUCUUUCCCGAGUGGCAGGCGGCUUUUGCUACUUCGUGUACCAUAGUUCAGAGUUCACAAUCGAUCUUCUUGGUGGCAACGCCCACACCUGUGCGCAGCUGCAAAAGCGACGAAACGCAAACGACUACGCGCGGAACAGAGAGUACUAUGGCAGCUAAUUUUAGCACAUUGCAACAAGUCUUAGAUAGUUCCACAGGAAGUGAAGCUGACUUUACAGACCUGGAGGAGCUGCAAUCCAGUGCAGAUGAUGAGCAAGAGCCUGUCUCCCCUUCUCUUCCAACCUCGCCACCAUCACCAGCAGAGAGUAACCUGCAUAGACAGAGGAGGAGAAGACGAUCACAGAGGGACGACAGUGAGAGUGAGAACAGUGAGGGUGAGGAAAGCCAGAGUGAAAGUACAGGAACACGAACAAGGGUCAGAAGGCGGCAGACAGGCACCAGAGAGAGAGACGCAGAGAGUGAUGAAGAUGGGAUGGGACCAGGAAGAAGUGAACAAAGAAGUGAGAGUAGAGGUAGGGGGAGGGGAAGCCGCACGGCAAGUGGAAAGGGAGCAGCACGAAAUGGA